AUUGUGAAGGGCCCGGACCAGAAGCGCUUUGAUCUCCGUGUCUCUUUGUUGUUUUCGUGUUGAACAUGAAUGUGACUGUGAUCCUCGAUGCAGCGGUUUGCUUCGGUCUCGUGAGGAGAUUCAACAUCUGGAGACACUGAGGAGACAAAACAACUUUAAGUUAAAGAUCCUUUGUGGGGUCGGUUUGUUUUCUCCACCAGCCCCAGGAACACUCGGCCCACCCGGGGGAGGAGACGGUGCCGUUCCACCGUGUCAACGUGGACAUGUUCGAUUCCGGCGUCGUCGAGCGGUUCCAGGACGUGUCCAACAUGUCGGACAUCAACAAGGCGAAUCCUCACGGCUGCGACAACGGGGCCCUGACGGACCGGUUCGGGGUUUUGAUCCAGGCGCUGCUGGCCGCGGUCGCCUUCAGCACGUUGAUGCUGAAGAGGUUCCGCGAGCCUGUUGGGAUCAGACGACCGUGGAGGAUCUGGUUUUACGACACGUCCAAACAGGCCAUCGGCGCCCUCUUCAUCCACUUUGCCAACGUCUUCCUCUCCACGCUCACCGAAGAGGACCCCUGCUCGCUGUAUCUGAUGAACUUCCUGCUCGACGCCACGCUGGGGAUGCUGGUCAUCUGGCUCGCCAUCAAGUUGGUGUCCAAGCUGGUGGAGUACAAGCAGUGGACGCUGCUGAUGUUCGGGGAGUACGGCGACCCCCCUCAGGCGGCGGCGUGGCUCGGUCAGUGUGGCGUCUACCUGCUCAUCAUGGUGCUGGAGAAAGGUGCGACCAGCCUGGUGCUGCUCGUCCCCGGAUGGUCCAAGCUGCAGGAGGUGUUGCUGGGCUACAUCGCUAACCCUCAGCUGGAGCUGGUGCUGGUCAUGCUCAUCGUGCCCUUCAUCGUCAACUCCAUCAUGUUCUGGGUGGUGGACAGCCUGAUGAUGAGGAAGUACAAGACGAUGAAGGGCCUGGACGACUCCUGCGACAGCUCGGGGAAGAAGUCCGACUCGUCGCCCUGUGUGGACGGCGAGGAGUCUCGGGUGCUGCUGACCGCCGAGACGGACACGGAUGAGGCGUCGUCGUCGUCGGAGGAGGAGGAGCCUGGCGACGAGGGACCAGUCCCCAGUGUGCUUUAUUCAGGGGGACCAAUAAGACCCAGCUGGGUGUUGGUGUAAAACCAGGUGACGUCCGACUCAUCCCUCCACUGUCCACUCACACUUAGGAGCCCAAAUACGGACAAGACCAAAAAAGCCUUGCAUCCUUGUGUCCUCAGAUUUAAAGGUCUAAAUAUCAGCAAUUGAAGGUCAUAUAACCUGCGAAUGUGAACACUGCAGCUGCCUUCUUCCUCCGCCCUGAAGGUGUGAAUCGUCGCAGGUGGAGCCCGACUCUGCAGAUGCAUGAAAAUCAAACUGCAUUCUGGGAUUUAAAAAAAAAAUCUCUUUAAUCCUCUCACCGUGCUGCCUCCGACUCUGCUGCGGCGCGGCAUCAGAGCGUGACCACAUCCGAACGCGUGAGGAGAGAUUAUCCAGCAGCGCGGCCGCCGCAGGGCAAAGCAAACGGAAAAGGAAGUGAAGUUAAUCCGUCCUUCUUUUCCACAUCGGGGACUUUUUUCAGUGAAUUAUCUUUACAUAUAUAUCAGAAAGUGCUUUAAAGCUUUACUCAAUCAAAUAUAACCACUUCAAAUCUGCCUUUUUUUUUAACGAAGGUGUAAUUAUAGUCAUUCCUCGUGUUUUUUAAAAACCAUGCACGGACCAAACAUGUUGACGUCCAACGGUUUUACUGCUUUGCUGCUUUUAAAGAGACGAGAUGUGGGAAACACACAGCAGACAAGUUAGUUUGAGUCCGUGUGACGAUUAAUUAAUGACAAAAUAUACAUGAAUCAAAAAAGGAAAUCAUUUAUGAGAAAAUAUGAGAUUAGCAAAGAUUUUGAGAAAUAUUUUACUUAUGUUAAGUCUAGAAUUGAGAGACAAAUCAGUAUUUAAACAAUUUUGAUUUUAAAUGAGAGAAUCAAAACAGCUCUUGUGUCAGUCUGUUAAAUACGUAGCGGGUUAGCUUAGCAUCAAGACUGUAAAUUGGUGUGGCUCCGUCCAUACGCCAGUUAUCGCACAGAUGUGAGUAAAAUGGUGUUAAUCUCCUCAAAAAUACAUAUUUUCCAAAAUGGGGAAACUAUUCCUCUAAAGACAUUUUCUUUAUUUUGUCAAUAUUAAAACACAAAAGUUUUUCUAAAGUAAAAGAACUGGCCCUACGAUUGGUUCUACUCCCUCGUGGUCGUUCUCUCUGUGGGAGGAUGCAGCAGCUGUUUGCAACUCGUGGCACAUGUCUUUAUUUAUUCUGUUUAUAUUUUAUAUAAGUAUUUGACUUUAUAUAUAUAUAUUGUGUUCUGACCUGUGGUGACAACAGUGGAAUAGAAGUUUUUUUUUUAAGUCUGUGAUGUAAACGGGAGAAAUUUCCGAGUCGUCGCCAAACUACAGUUUUAACUUCCGAAUGAAUGGAAGUAGGUGACUUUUGUAUAUUAAUCAUCAAACGUGUCAGUUUACUUGUUUACAUUUAUAGCUUUGACAUAUUCCGUCUGUCAUGAUUUAUUUUGUAUUCCAACGUAGCUUUUGUGUAAUUUUUUUUUAAAUAAAUGAAAUGACGAACACAGCACGUCCCUUAAAGUGUCGUCAUUGGGUCGAACCACGGUGCUUCUGUAUGUCUUAAAUCUGUACGAUGAAUAAAGAUGGCUGACACACGAA